AGAUUAGAAAAAUAACGCUCCCUGAUCCACAGUACGGACGUCGUUCCAGUGUGAGACCCCUGCAGUCCAGGUGAGGGCGCUAGUUCUAUAACUAUGGUUCUCAAUAACGCGGAGAAGAAGAAACUCAAGACGCUUUGUGUUAUUAUAUAGAGAAAGAGGAGCUGAUCUGCUGAAGAAAGGAAUAUUCUCCUGGUCCUAUUGUCCAUUUUCCCCUGCGGUUCUCAUUUUCAUCCACAAAUGCCAACAAACACCACCAAAAGGAAUAUGUCACACUGAUAUAAUUAGGAAAUAUUUAAUGUAAAGAUAUGGUGUCCAGGAGAUCCAGUACUCGGAAAACAUCCUCUCCUGCUCUCUACACAAGCACACCUUGCCGACGAAGAAAGAAGAUUAAAGAUAAAGAACUUUACUUCUGCUCAGAGUGUGGAAAGAAUUUUACUGUAGAAAAUCAGCUCCAAAGACACCAACUCAUUCAUAGAAAAGAGAAACUGUAUCACUGUUCAGAGUGUGGGAAAAGUUAUUCUAGACAAACUCAUCUCCAAACACACCAGCGCCUUCACACAGGAGAGAAACCGUAUCACUGCUCAGAGUGUGGAAAGAGUUUUAGAGAAAGUGGUUCCCUCAAGAAACACCAGCGCAUUCACACAGGAGAGAAACCGUAUCACUGCUCAGAAUGUGGGAGAAGUUUUUCAAGACAAAAUCAUCUCCAAACACAUCAGCGCAUUCACACAGGAGAGAAACCGUAUUACUGCUCAGAGUGUGGCCAGAGUUUUAGAGAAAGUGGUUCCCUCAAGAAACACCAGCGCAUUCACACAGGAGAUAAACCGUAUCACUGUUCAGAGUGUGGGAAGAGUUUUAGAGAAAGUGGUACCCUCAAGAAACACCAGCGCAUUCACACUGGAGAGAAACCGUAUAACUGCUCGGAGUGUGGACAGAGUUUUACUACACAGUGUCAUCUUCAACGACACCAGCCUGUUCACACAGGAGAGAAACCAUAUCACUGCUCAGUGUGUGGGAGGAGUUUUUCUAGACAAAGUCAUCUCCAAAUACAUCAGCGCAUUCACACAGGAGAGAAACCGUAUCACUGCUCAGACUGUGGACAGAGUUUUAGAGAAAGUGGUUCCCUCACAAAACAUCAGCGCAUUCACACAGGAGAGAAACCGUAUCAGUGCUCAGAGUGUGGGAAGAGUUUUGCUGUACAGAGUACUCUGUUAACUCACCAGCGCCUUCAUACUGGAGAGAAACCAUAUUACUGUUUUGAAUGUGGACAGAGUUUUAGAGAAAGGAGUAACUUUAUGAAACACCAGCGCAUUCACACAGGGGAGAAACCGUAUCACUGCUCAGAAUGUGGAAGAAGUUUUAGAAGCAGUGGUACCCUCAAAAUACACCGUCGUAUUCACACAGGAGAGAAACCGUAUCAGUGCUCAGAGUGUGGGAAGAAUUUCAGACACUCAAAUUUUAAGUUCCACAAAUGCAUUAAGAGACAGAAGAUUUGAGAACUGAAGAAACCUGGUAGACCUUUCAACAUCAUAAGAGGGCAGUCUUGAUAAACAUCCAAGUGUCCACUAAUGCACACAGUGUCUGACUCAACUCAGGAAUAAUAAAAAUAAAUCCAACAACUGGUAAGCUUACCGAGAUGCAGUUUUCAUGUUUCAUCUUCUGAGAACCAAGAAGUAGAAAGCUGCAAGCGAGUACUUUAACCUGCGGUUCUGAGUAAGAAAAGGAACCUGAUUGAAACAUCCAACUGAACUAUCUGCUGGAUGGUCAUUUCUAUCAUAAUAGAGGGUAUUCAUGGGUUUGGUGGAAUUUUAGUACAGCAAAACUUCCUCUUUGUUUUCCCUUGUUUAAAAGAAACGUCUGAGGGAUUUGAGGAAAUCAUACUUCAUACUCAAAGGGAAAAUGGUACUUAAAGGGAAAAGAUUAAUAUAUUUAUGCAACCAGGCACAGGUCCUUCAAGCGUUUCAAGCAGUCUACUUAGCAGUGAUGUUGCUAGUCUUUUGAAGCAUUUAUAAUUUCAAACAAUCAGGUGGAGGUUCAAUGGGCAGAGUCAUACUGCCGUCUCUAGUGACUCAUAUGAAUCGUCAUCAUUGUCUGGUGGAAUUUCGUACUGCACAAACUCAAACCAGAUUCUUUGUUGCUCAAUAAUGUCAAAUAUCUUAGCAGCGCAGCAAUAUAAACACCUGGCUAAAAAUGGGACUAGACAUUCAGACUUCAGUGAAAGGUGCAAAAGCCAACAUCUGCCAUGGUAUAGCCGUGCAUAAGUGACCUGCAUAUGUGUGAAGACCAUUGUUGUGGAGGCAUAUAUUGGGAUUUUAGAGAGACAUAUGCUCUCGACGAGACGACAGCUUUUCUCGGAAUGUAUUAAGAGGAGAAUCAGAAAAUUAUGACCAUAGAAUUUUGAGACUUCAAGCAAUGGAAGCAGUUCCACUUUCAAAACUGCAAUAAAUUAGUAUUGUUAUUUCCCAAAUGAUUAAAGAGUGUAAUUAAAACUAAGAGUGAUGCCUCUGUCCUAACUUUUUAUGAGUGUUUCAAGUAUCAAAAUCUACAUUUGUUUAUAUUUACAAAAAAUAAUUGAGGUCGACUGUGAAAAUAUUGUAAGUCUUUUUGUGGUUUUGUCAGUUAACAAAAUGUUUUCAUUGAAAUUUACAAAAUGUCCCACCUUUUCCAGAACAGAUGUUUGCAUGUACACUUCUGAAUGUUUCCUUUCAGUAAUAAUGAUUGGUAUAUAUGUAUUUUAUACAUGCAGGACACAUUUCAAGUAUAUUGUUUUAUUCCAAAAUGUAUUUCGAACAUUAAGCAAGUACUGUGACGGGCCUGUGCCAUUACAGGUGGAGUUGUAUGGUGUACCUGUGUGGUGUGCUUGUGGUGGGAGCUUCUCUUUUGUUUUGUUGUUUGUGUCCUGGGCAUUGUGCUUCAGUUUAUUUUGGAGUUAUUUUGGCCAAUUUUUUUUUGUCCUUGAGAUUUUUUUACACCAGAACCUUAAAUUUAUUUCUUAUUAAAAUAUUUUUUUCAUUUAUUCACUAUUUGCUUUCCUUUUAUUUGUCAUGAUGUUGAGCCAGUCAUGACAAAUGUGGGGGCUUGUCUGCUUUUUUUUGUUGUUGUUAGGAUUUUUUUUUCUCCUCUCUUUUUUGAGUAGUUGGAGGCAUGCAGUGUUUUGUUUUGGGUUUUUGUGUUAGCUGAUUUUGCUUGUUGUUUAGUUUGGUCUGGUGCAGGCUUUUGUUGGGGUGAGCCUAUUUUGGACUUUUGCGUGGUACCGUGGAUCCUUUGGAUCCUGCUGUUGUUUGGUGAGUACUCUGCAGGGGUGGGUUGGUUUGGGUUGUAGUUCCCUUUGACUGGUUUAGUGGAGUGUCUGUGUUUGGGCACUCUGUUUUGUUUGGGGGGUGGGUUUUGGUUUUCUUUUUGGCCCUUUUUAUUUUUGUACCACUUCUGGGCUGAGGGCGUCGCCAUAGUGGUUGGGUUUUGUGGCUCUGGCCAGAAGACUUCUGUCCUGCUGGUAUUUGGGUGCUUAAAAUGACUCAGCUCUUGGAAGGAGUACGAAGACUAGGUUGGGCUUAGAUAGUUUUGGUUUAAUAGUUAGGGGGAACUGCAAUUGCGGUUGCCUCCCCUCCUGUUUGAGUUGUUUGUUUGCUGACUCUGCUUUGUGUUGGCUAUAGCUUCUGUUAGUCAGUUUGUUCAGUCACCCUCUGAGGACUUAUUGGAUCAGUUUUCUAAGGAUCAGCUGUUAGAAGUUGCUAGUUAUGAUGUUGGGUUAUCAAUUGCUGAUAAGUGGAUGAAGGGGUAAACUGAAAUCUGCAUUGGUAGAAAAGGGUGUUUUGAAGACUUUACCUGUUUCUCCUAGUGCCUCAUCUUUGCCACGUUCUUUGACUUUUGAACAGCGUAAAGAGUUGAUAUUGUUGGAAAGUGCGGCUAAGGAAAAGAUUAUUCAAAUCCAGUUAGAGGUGGAGAAGUAGAUUGAGUUGUCUAGGCAUCAGUUGGAGCAGAAGUGACUUGAAGCGAUACCGUUUGGAUUUGGUCAAGGCUGGCAGGCUUUCAGAUACUGGAUUUUCAGCUGGUCCUGUUGAGUUACCUGGUUUUGAUGUAGUUAAGUAUCUUUAGUUGCUGGCUAGGUUUGAUGAGAGGGGAUGUUGAAAGGUUUUUUUCACUGUUUGAGCGUCUGGCUAGCGCAAGGGCAUGGCGUGAUGUAGAGCGCACCAUGUUGUUACAGUGUGUGUUUACUGGUAAGGCUCAGGAAGCUUAUUCUGCGCUCAGUGCAGAGAAUGCAGCAGAUUAUCAGGUGGUUAAGACUGCCGUUUUACAAGCUUAUGAAUUGAUUCCAGAGGCGUACAGGCAAAAAUGUAGGUUUUGGCGGAAAGGGGAGAGGCAAACACGUAGAAUUUGCGAGGAGUAUUUCAUUACAUUUUAAUCGCUGAUGUACAGCAUCAGGUGUUAAGACUUUAGAUGAUCUGAAAGAUUUAACUGUACUGGAACAAUUUCAAAAUUCUGUUUUUGAUUGCCUUGCUAUCUAUAUAAACGAGUGUAAAGUCAAGACUGCAUAUGAUGCUGCAAUUUUGGCAGAUGAAUUUUGUUUUGAUUAAUAAGACCUUGUUUAGCACUGUAGGGGAUCAGUUGUGUCGUUUCCCUAAGGAUAGAAAUCUUGAGAAUGUAUGCUGUUACUGUCAUGCCAGUGGUCACUGGAAAAACGAAUGUCCUGUUUUGAGGACGAAGAUGGAGAGCACUCCUUCCAAGGCUUCUAGGAGUGCUCCUGGCCCUGUGAAACCUGUUGGCUUGAUAGCUGCUGCUCUUUCUGUGAUUGGGCCUGUUACUGGGAAGUCCUUUGAUUCUAUGUGUUUGCCAUUUGUGAUGGACAGACGUGUCCAUUUAGUGGAUUCUACCCAGGCGGUCCCUAUUAGAUUUUUGAGAGAUACUGGGGCAUCAGAGUCUUUUAUAUUAGAAUCUGUGUUCCCUUUUUCUUCUGAGUCCUAUAUGGACAGUGAUGUUUUGAUUAGGGGAAUUGGACUGAAUGUUUUGUCUGUUGCUUUACAUAGGGUUGUUUUAAAGUCUGAUCUGGUCCAGGGAGAGGUGCAAUGUGUUUGGCGAGGUGUUCUUCCAUCUUUGGUUGUGUCUUCCACACCGGUCACUUGAACGGAUGAUUUGGAGGAGAAUGUUUCACCUGAGAUAUUUGUCUUGUGCGGUGACACGUGCCAUGGGUAAAAUUUCCCCAACCAAGGAUCCUUCAUACCUACUAGGAAUUUCAGAGGGUAAAAUAUUUGAAAUUCCCUAAUGCCUCUCUGUUUCACCUGAAGUGUUGGUUAGAGAGCAACGUGCUGAUCCUUCUUUAGGUGACUUAUUUGAUAAAGUCCUGCCUGCCUCUGUUAUUAAAGAUCUGCCUUCAGGUUACUUUUUGGAAGAUAGCCUGUUGUUGAGAAAAUGGGUUCCACACGGCAUUCAUUUUGUGGGAGACUCUAUUUUUCAAAUUGUAGUGCCAAAUUGUAGUGUUCUGCAGACCACUCAUGAUGUGUCCGGACAUUUGGGGGUUAGAAAGACCUAGAAUGGAAUACUGCAGCAAUUUUUUUGGCCAAAACUAAAAAAGGAUUAGCCAGUUAACUGGUAAGCCUAAUCAAACACUGAAACCUGCUCCCCUUUACCCUAUUCCUGCUAUUAGCCAACCAUUUGAGCAUCUGAUAGUGGAUUGUGUGGGCCCUUUACCCAAGUCCAAAGCAGGAAGUAUUUAUCUUCUGACUAUGAUGUGUCAAGCCACACGAUAUCCUGCAGCUUAUCUGCUUUGUUCUAUUACUGCAAAGUCUGUGGUUAAAGCUUUGACUUAGUUCAUUUUAAUUUUUGGAUUCCUUUGAGUCAUUCAGUCUGACCAAGGGUCUAAUUUUACUGCUAGUUUGUUUAGCCAGGUAUUAAACAUAACUGGGCUACUGCAUACCAUGCCCAGAGCCAGGGAGCCUUAGAAAGAAAAAAAAAUUACAUUGGAAUGCAUAAAGUCAGGAACAGAGCCAGUGACUGAUUGGUCAAGAAGUCAAGAAAACAGCAAUUUGCUGGUCCCUGUACUGUGGUGAGGCAGACAUCUUAUUUGACCCAGGUGAUUUGUGUUUUACUAGGCCAGUUAAAAAAUUUGGAAGCUUUGCAUAAUUUGGAUAGCAUGCUGGGCAUUUGCCUGCCUUGCAGCAUUCAGAGUUGAUUAAACUGAUCAGUUAAUAUGGGUCACUGUUUCCAGAUACCCCCACUUGCACAAAUCUUAUUGAGCAUGAUAUCGAUGUGGGUGAUGCAGCCCCUAUUCGGCAGCUGUACUACCGUGUCUCUCUGGAUAAGAGAAGACAAUUGGAGAAGGAAGGUGAUUACAUGCUUAAGAACAAAAUAGCAGAGCCUUCAUUUUCCAGCUAGGCCUCUCCAUGCCUUUUGGUAAAUAAGCUUGAUGGUUCUUUUAGGUUUUGUACUGAUUAUCUGAAGCUGAAUGCAGUGACUAAGCCUGAUUCAUUCGUCUCUGCUUUCAUUACACCAUUUGGUUAAUAUUCUUAGAGGGUUAUGAGUUUUGGAUUGCAAAAUGCUCCUGCUACAUUUUAGCAUCUAAUGAAUCAUGUUUCUGGUUUAGAGGGUUGUGCUGUAUAUUUGGAUGAUGAUGUGGUAUUUAGUAAUACCUGGGAUGCCCUCCUUCUCCAUAUAAGGGCACUGUUUGAUUGAUUUACAUUACAGGCCUGUGCCAUUACAGGUGGAGUUGUUGUGGGUGGGGCUGAAGGCCUUAUCAAGACCACUACUUACACCUGUGUGGUGUGCUUGUGGUGGAAGCUUCUCUUUUGUUGUGUUGUUUGUGUCCCGGCAGUAGGCCAGUUU